AUGUCAACCAGAUACGCUCGGACAGCUGAUAAGGCGUUGAAUGAGAAGCAUUCCAAGAUUCUCAAGGAUCUCUUGAAGAAGCCUGCCAACAAGUAUUGUGCCGAUUGCAAGAGAAAAGAUCCACGGUGGGCAUCCUGGAAUAUCGGUGUCUUUGUUUGUAUUCGAUGCUCUGGUGUUCAUCGCUCGAUGGGAACACAUAUCAGCAAAGUCAAGUCUGUUGAUCUUGAUACAUGGAUACCUGAUCAGGUGGAGAACAUGAUUCGAUGGGGCAAUGAACGUGCAAAUAAAUAUUGGGAAGCCAAUCUCAAGGAUAAGCGUCCAUCCGAAAGCAACAUUGACAUGUGGAUCAGAGCAAAGUAUGAUCAAAAGCGGUGGGCAAUGAGAGGUCCUAUUCCUGAUCCAAGCACUUUAGGUGGAGAUGAUGACGAGGUGAUGGAGUCGGCAAGUAGCACCAGUAAGCCAAGUUCACCUGUCCCUGCUCGACCCAAGCAACAGCAACAACAACCUGCAUCCCCCAAACCACCCAAAUCAUCCGACUUUUCCAACUUGGACGAUUUUCUCGGAUCACCAACAACCAGCAGCUCUACUAGAAAUCAAUCUCCAGUAUCCCAGCUGCAGGGUGCAGACUUCUUUUUCAGCUCGACCCCUAGCAACAAGGCACCCACUACCACCACCACCACUACACCUCCUCCUCCUCAGCAACCAUCCACUCCACCCCAACAACAACAACAGCAACAACCUGUCAAAUCAGCUCAUGAUGAUCUCAAAUCAUCCAUCCUAUCAUUAUACAGCAAACCAUCCCCAGCUCCUUCACCACCCAUGACCAUGAACAAUGGUGGAUACGCAAACAACAUGAACAGCUUCCAACAGCAAUUGUCAGGUUUAUCUCUUGGCACCUCUGGCAUGAUUCCUCAAGCACCUGCCGGACAUUCAUUUAACAAUGGUUGGGGUUCGUUUGCUGACGCCAAUACUUCACCCAUGCAAUCUACAACACAACCCAGUCUUCAAGGCAGCCAAUUUUUUGCUACCAAUGGCAAUACCAAUAACAGCAACAGCAGCAACAACAACACUCCUCCCGCACAAGCAAAGCAGGCUUAUGAUGCAUUUGCCGAUCUUUUGAAAUAG